AUGCUGUUUCAAAGCCUUCCAAUCGAAGUGUUACAUACCAUUUGCUAUUAUCUCACAGGCCCCGAUAUUACAAAUCUAAGCAAGUGCAACCAAGCAUUAUGGGUGGUGCUGCAAGAUGAGUCGCUAUGGGCACAGCUGACGUACGACAGAUUCCCUUCCUCGUAUGCAUCUAUUCGUGCUGAUCAGCGUCAACAAGACCAUGACGACAACAAUAAUACGCUACAAAAGAAAAAUUGGCAAGAUGUAUACAUGUCAAAAGAUUCCUUAUCCAUCUCAGCUGUGAAUGACAUGUCGAUAACCAACGCAAGGUUACCGUUUUGGCGUGUUGUGGGUACCAAAGAGAGCCGAUACGGGGCCAUUGCAAAGCUAUAUUCAAUUUGCAUGCUGGAUAUAAGAGGGAAGAUGGAAGGUGUACCUAAAGGUCGAUAUCGGAUACAAUGGCGUAUGCGGUUUACCUUGUCUGCACAAUGGAACGAGUCAUUAGAUUUCACAGCACAUGUGGGAAAUGAGGCAACGCCAACACUCACUUACACGACGCCAACCGACUUUUACGCUCGACAAGAUAUACUUACGAAUACUUGGAUAUGCAUCACACUUCCUUGCGAGCUUGUUGUGAAUAAUCGUUAUGAUACAAUCACCCUUGUACACGGAAAAAAGACCAAUUUUUGGAAAUCUGGGAUCGAGAUUGAUUGGGCACGGCUUGUACCAUCCACCCAAGUACAAGACAAGGGCUUGGUGCUUGAACAUGAAUACAAGCAUUGGCAUCUAGACAAAAAAAUUGCAUCCACUACCGCCUAUUCAUGUAUGCGACGCCAUCUUGGUUCCACAAAUUUCUAA